AAAAAGAACGAAGAAAGAAAGAAGAAGAAAGAAAGCGGAAAAAGAAAGAAAAUAAAGCAGGAAAGAGAAAAAAAAUAAAGCAGGAAAGAGGAAAAAAAAAUAAAGUGGAAAGAAAAAAAAAAACUCCCUCCCGAAAGGAAAGGGAAACAAGAAAAAAAGAUGGAAAGUGGAAAAAAAAAAGACAAAAAGAAGAAAAAGAAGGAUGCGGAAAAGAAGAAAAAGAAGAAUACGGAAAAGAAAAAAAAAGAAGGAUGUGGAAAAGAAGGAUACAGAAAAGAAGAAAAGAAAUAAAACGAAAAAGAAGAAAAAG